UGAAAUACUAACGACUUUCUGGACGGUGGUGAAAAUGAAGACGGACUUUCAUUUCUCUAAUCUGCUGGGUACAGUGUACAGCAGAGGCAACCUUCUGUUCAGUCCAGAUGGAACCUGCCUCUUCUCUCCAGUCGGAAAUCGCGUGACAGUUUUCGACCUCGUGAAUUCAAAAUCAUAUACGUUACCUUUUGCGCAUCGUCGAAGUAUCGCCCGAUUGGCAUUGAAUCCUCGAGGAAACCUUUUACUCUCCGUGGACGAAGACGGCCGUGCGAUCCUCACCAAUGUUCCUCGAAGAAUAGCAUUGUAUCACUUUUCGUUCAAACAGGAGGUCACCGCGCUCGCAUUCGCACCCUCUGGACGACAUUUCGCAGCGGCAAUUGGGCGGCAGAUUGAGGUAUGGCACACACCCUCGACACCGGAUGUGGCGGACGGUGAUCUCGAAUUUGCGCCCUUCGUUCGACAUAGAGUCUAUACAGGACAUUUUGAUAUCGUACGGAGUAUAGAGUGGUCAAGCGACUCAAGGUUCUUCCUCACUGCAUCGAAGGAUUUGACAGCGCGGAUAUGGAGUUUGGAUCCGGAAGAAGGAUUCGUGCCGACAACAAUUGGAGGCCACCGACAGGCGGUCGUGGGUGCAUGGUUCUCCAAGGACCAGGAGACAAUAUUCACAAUCAGCAAGGACGGCGCAGUCUUCGUCUGGAAAUACAUGCUUCGACCCGAUGCGCCGGAGGAUGUCGACGAAGAAGACGACGAGUACUCGCAAUGGAGAAUAUCCGAGAGACAUUACUUCAUGCAGAACAAUGCGCACGUAACAUGCGCUGCAUUUCAUGCCGAAUCUGGCCUCCUCGUAACUGGAUUUUCUAGCGGCACAUUUAUGAUCCACGAACUACCGGACUUCAGCCAGAUACAAAACCUAAGCAUAUCGCAAAAUGACAUCGACUUUGUCACCAUAAACAAGACAGGAGAAUGGCUAGCAUUCGGUGCAUCCAAACUCGGACAGCUUCUGGUAUGGGAAUGGCAGUCAGAAUCAUACGUGCUGAAGCAGCAAGGACACUUCGAUUCCAUGAACACGAUAGCAUAUUCCCCAGAAGGUCAACGUAUCGUGACCGCUUCUGACGAUGGCAAGAUAAAAGUAUGGGACGUCAAUUCUGGAUUCUGCAUUGUCACUUUCACCGAACACAUCAGCGGCGUCACGGCAUGCGAAUUCGCAAAACGGGGCAAUGUGCUCUUCACGGCAAGUCUGGACGGUUCCGUAAGAGCAUGGGACUUGAUUCGAUACCGCAACUUCCGAACGUUCACUGCGCCUACAAGGCUAUCUUUCUCAUCGCUGGCGGUCGAUCCAAGCGGUGAGGUCGUCUGCGCUGGCUCGAUUGAUUCCUUUGAUAUCCACAUCUGGUCGGUUCAAACCGGGCAGCUGCUCGAUCGACUCUCUGGCCAUGAAGGGCCCGUAUCAUCGUUAUCAUUCGCCCCAGAUGCUAGCACGCUAGCCAGUGGAAGUUGGGAUCACACAGUCCGCCUCUGGAAUAUUUUCGCGCGUACACAGACAAGUGAACCGCUACAGCUCAUGGCCGAUGUUCUCUGCGUCGCUUUCCGCCCAGAUUCGAAACAGAUUGCAGUUACUACUCUCGACGGUCAAUUAACAUUCUGGUCCGUAUCAGAGGCAUCACAACAGAGCGGUGUCGAUGCACGACGAGACGUAUCGGGUGGUCGCAAAAUUUCCGACAGGCGAACUGCCGCCAACGCAGCUGGCACCAAAAGCUUCACGACUGUGAAGUACAGUGCGGAUGGCACAUGCGUACUUGCUGGAGGUAAUAGCAAGUACAUCUGUCUCUACGACUGCGAGUCGGGGGUACUUGCGAAGAAGUUCACAGUUUCGGUCAAUCUCUCUUUGGACGGCACUCAAGAGUUCCUUAACAGCAAGCUUCUCACGGAAGGCGGUCCUCGCGAUUUGAUAGAUUCCCAAGGUGAAGCCUCCGAUCUCGAAGACCGCAUCGAUCGUACUCUCCCAGGAGCCCAGAAGGGCGAAGGAGCUCGAAAGACAAGACCUCAAGUCCGUGUCCCUGCCGUUGGCUUCUCCCCAACUGGCCGCGCCUUCUGUGCCGCUUCAACAGAAGGUCUCCUCAUCUACUCUCUCGACACGCUCUUCCAAUUCGACCCAUUCGACCUCGACAUCACCGUCACCCCCGCAACCACCAUGGCCACACUGGCACAAAAGGAAUACCUCAAAGCCCUCGUGAUGGCGUUCCGCCUCAACGAGCGAAGUCUCAUCCGCCGAGUCUACGAAUCCAUCCCCCCAUCCGACAUUCCCCUAGUCGUCAAAGACGUCCCGGCCGUCUACCUCGCCCGCCUCCUCCGCUUCAUCGCCAUCCAAGCCGACGAGUCACCUCACCUCGAAUUCAACCUCAUGUGGAUCGAGGCCCUCCUCAGCAAGCACGGCCGCUGGAUGAAGGACAACCGCGCCGCCAUGGAAAGCGAACUCCGCGUCGUCGAGAAGGCCGUCAAGCGCAUCCAAAGCGAACUCGCACGGCUUGCGGACGAGAACAUCUACCGCAUCGAGUACCUCCUCGCGCAACCCGUCGAGAAGAAGGAGGAAGUGCUGAAAUUGGACUUCGGCGUUGCGGGAGACGGAAACGACGUCGAUGCCAUCAUGGACGAAGAUGACGAGGAGGGCGAGGGCGAGUGGAUGGGUUUUUAAGUAAAUAGAUUUUUUUCGGAAAACGGACAUGACUUGCAUGAAAAGGGUUUUUUCUAGAUUUUUUAUUCUUUAGGGUUGGGGACAAUGUAUAAGAUAUCAUUUUGUUACUCACUUCGAAAUCCCGUCUAUUGAGUGUGAAUUCCUGUCUGUACAUAUUUGUUCGAUCGCCUCGCUACAUUCUACCAACGCCUAUUCGAAAAUUAAAUCUCAAAAGU